UUAUUAGUUUUCUGCACGUACGGAAGUUCGGUUCGUUGCUCUGUGUCUUGUUGAUAAUAAACAGUCGAAAAGUUGAAAGCAACGAAUAAAGAUAGAGGUGAAAAUGACUUGACAUAUACUAGUAGAUAACAAAAAUGCAGAAAAUACCAUGUUGAGAGUUUCAAGCCAUCCGAUGUGCCGUGUCCUGAUAAACAGCAGCAGUUGCACUCUGCUGAGGUCGACACGACAUCCACUCAUUAGUUGCUGCAGCUGUGCCUUCUCUCAGGAUGCUGACCACAGCACCACCUCUGACCUACCUCAGCGAGCUCGCGCCGUGAUAUGCGGCGGUGGGAUUGCAGGUUUGUCCACAGCCUAUCACCUGGCAAAACUGGGCUGGAAGGACGUGGUUCUUCUGGAACAGGGAAAAUUAGCCAGCGGUACAACAUGGAAUGCAUCCGGUAUUCUGGGAAUACUAAGGAGGUCACAUUUCCGUACCAGACUAAGCAGGAUGAGCUACGAUUUGUACAGUCAACUCGAGGCAGAGACGGGAAUCCAGACUGGUUUACAUCGCUGUGGCAGUGUGAAUAUAGGGCAGACUAAAGAUCUUAUGGUGGAACUGCAGAAAAGACACGCAAAUGCAAAGGCUUGGGGAAUAGACAGCGAGCUCCUAAGCAUGGGAGAUGUACACAGAUUAUUGCCAUGGAUACGAGCAGAUGACUUGGAAGGAGGUUUGCUUGUCCGGGAUGAUGCAAGUGUACAGGUGAAAGAAGUCACUCGUGCCUUGGCUAAGGCAGCUAACGAUAGGGGUGUGACGUUAUUAGAGAAUAUUGAAGUCAAGCGAGUAGUGAGCAGUGGCGGUCGUGUUUCUAGUGUACACACAGACAGGGGAAGCAUUGAAUGUGAGGCGUUUGUCAACUGUGCUGGACUGUGGGCCCGUGCCCUCGGUCUUGCCAGCUCACCAGAAGUCCGAGUGCCACUGUACCCACUGGCCCAGCAGUACCUCAUCACAAAGCCGAUCAAGAGUCGGACGUUGGACGGCAACGGCCCAUUUGUGCGUGAUAUGGACAGCCUACUCUACAUACAGGAGCACAGUGGAGGCUUUUUGUUUGGAGGUUACGCACCCAAGGGAAAGCCUGUCUUUGAGGAGGGUCUACCACUCAAGAAAGACUCGGAACACAUCCACUUACCGGAUGAUUGGGAUCACUUUCGACAUUUGCUAGAGGGUUUCUUACACAGGGUGCCCCAGGCUAGCGAUGUUCAGUUUGAGAAGCUCUACAACAGUCCUGAGAGCUUCACACCAGAUGGGGAGUUCAUCAUUGGGGAGGCCCCGGAGGUCAGGAAUUACUUUGUGCUUGCUGGCUUUGGCUCCCUCGGCCUGACGCAUGCCGGAGGUGCGGGAGAGCUCCUUGCCAGACUGAUCGCCAUCGGCCACACCAACAUGGACUACUGGCCAGUCGACGUACAACGCUUCAGCCCACAACACAACAGCAAGGCAUUCCUCCGAGCAAGAGUGAAAGAAAUAGAAAGUAUUCACUAUCGCGUAGCUUACCCAGCGUUCUCCCACAGGACUGGGCGUAAGCUACGCUGCCCACCCCUCUAUUCUAGGCUGGGGCAAGGCGGGGCGGUGUUUGGGGAACGAAUGGGGGUGGAACGUCCCAAAUGGUAUAUGGCACCUGAUGAUACAGAUGAGUUUGCCCAUGAGACUCAGCGAGGGACGUUUGGCAAACCCCAGUGGUUUGGCCUGGUAGAGUCUGAGUACUGGGCCUGUCGAGAAUCCGUCUGCCUUAUGGAUAUGUCUGCCUUCACUAAAUUGGAGCUUACGUCCCUGGGAAAUGAAGCUACCAUGUUGCUACAGCGCCUGUGCCCUAAUGAUCUAGACUGUCCCAUCGGUAGCGUUGUACAUACAGGAAUGCUGAACGAGAGAGGUGGUUAUGAGUGUGACUGUAGUAUUGCACGGCUUGAUACAAAUCGAUAUUUCAUCAUUUGUCCAACCAUUCAGCUGGUCAAGGCUCAUCACUGGAUCUCCAAUCACCUGCCUCCGGACGGCUCGGUCACUCUGCGAGAUCUGACCAACCAGUACGCUGGCCUGAAUGUCCUGGGGCCUAAGGCCAGGGAUGUGCUACAGAAACUGACCACAACAUCACUCAGCUCGGCCGACUUUAGGCCAUUCUCCUUCAAGGAGUUGAAUGUAGGUUUUGCGACCGGAGUGAAAGCUAUGACUAUCACACAUGCAGGGGAGGACGGUAUGGUGCUGUACAUACCCAAUGAGACAGCUGUUCAGGUAUACGAUGCUUUGCUUGAGGCUGGUAAGGAUUGUGGAAUCCGCAACGCUGGCUACUACGCACUCAGGUGGCUGCGGAUCGAGAAAUUUUAUUUCUACUGGGGCGAGGAUUUCGACUCCACCACGACACCGUAUGAGAUCGGCCGAGAUAUGAGAGUCAAGUUUGACAAAGGUGUGGAGUUCAUCGGCAAAUCAGCACUCCUCAAACAGCGUCAGGAGGGCGUCAAGCGGCAGCUACUCGGCUUCAUCCUGGAGGACCACAACAUCAACACAGACCUGUGGCCAUGGGGCCGGGAACCCAUCUACCGCAAUGGUCAGCAUGCUGGGAUGACCACAUGCAGCAGCUACGGCCCUACACAGGGCAAAAUGACCUGCCUGGGCUGGCUGACCAAUCGGGACGCUGACACGGGUCAAAUGUUAGAGGUCACACCCGACUUCGUCAACAAGGGGCAGUACGAGAUUGACAUUGCUGGCAAGCGGUUUCCACUGAAGGCCAGGCUGUAUCCCUCACAGUUAGGGGCUAAGCAACCAACUCAUGGUUAAAACCCUUUAUCACUGCACAUUACGCCUUCCGUUCCUGAUCUUUCUGGGGCUUGAAACCUCAGAUGUUUUCUCUGGAUGUUUCGGCUUCAUCAGGACCUCCUGAUUAGGGGGACUUGGGAUGCCUUGUGAUCAGCUUGUGACUGAAUUGUGGUGAUUGGGGACUGACUUGGUUACAACUCUGUCGUGUAAUAAGAGAUCCUAUAACGUGCGAAAUUGAUUUAAAUAUUUCCAUUUUUAGUUUGGACACGAAGCCUUGUAAGAAAUUCUGAAGCUCAAGAUGAUGCAGCCCAAGACAAAGCCAGUUUUUCAGAACUUCCUAUGUGUGGAAUCCACACUUUUGGCUAUGAGAAUGCUGCUUACUCUACAAUCAUCAUUGUGGGCCAUUUGGUUUUCCUUGUCGAGAAGUUUGUGGAUGAUCAUGUGAAGUUGCUAACUCGAAAAAGAGAUGCGUUGGUCGGAGAAAAACCAGAGAAUUUAUCUUGACCUUUUAAUCAGGAUGCUCUUCUCAGCUCAGUACCUUUCUUUUUACUGUCCUCUUUACAAGGUAUCUGCUAACUUCUCCGCAGGGCAUGCUUCUGAAAAUUUCUGGCAAGGGAAAUGCAGUGGGCUCUCAGAGGGCAGUAUAGACAAGUACUAGUAUUUUUCGGGCUGUGCUGUGGGCACCCAUGUGGGGGGAAAGUGUGAAGCCCACAUCUGAAGUGCAUUAUUGGGCCAUAAUUACAUUGUAUAUAACUCAGGAAGUUGCCUUUACACUUAUGGUACAGCUGGCCCACAAAGUUUAAUUCUUUGGAAUUAAUUCACUUAAUUAGACAGAAUUUGAACAAUUGAUGUUGAACUUGAAUUUUCAAGCAAAUUGGCAAAUCUGCAAGUUAAGUUUUCUCACUGCCAUAGUUGUUAUCCACAAGUUCAUGUGGCACAAAAUGAAGACUUCUUUCUUGCGUUCAUGAGCAUUAAGGCCACAGAAUGAAAACACAGCACCUUUCUAUCUUUGGAAACUCAUUGUGUGUUUUGUAUUUUAUUUAUUGCUCUCUUUUAUCGAUGCCCAUCGUUAUUAAUAUCAAUUUGUAAUUAUAAUUGUUGACUAAAUUUUGUUCAUGAUGAACUAAAUGCUUUGUUUAAGUUGUAUUGAACUGAAUUGAAUUGAUAUCUGAAAUUUAACUAUUUAAGGGAAUGGUGUAUAACUAUGCUGAAAUUUGGAAGUCUCUGAAUGGUCAGCUUCUGAAUGAUCCAGCUUUUCAAAAAGGUGACAUCAACUCUAUGCAAAAGGUUGUUCAAAUGAACACCUCAAAUUUGCAUAUGAAUUGAAUACUCGGGUAUGUAGUACCUCUAGGCUCUUAAAGCAAAAAUCUUGUAAUAAACAUUAGAAGGCUGAGGGGUGAGUAAAGUUGGCCUCGUGCUCAGUAUUCAUAAAACCUUCCACAUUAUUGUGGGGUUCCUACAUUUUGUUAAUCAUAAAAAUUGUUUUGUACAGUUUGGCAUACAUGUACUCAGAUUGGUAAAGACAUUUUUUUAAAAUUGAAAGAACACUGUCCCACUGUCCCAAUGUUAUAUACUCAAUAUUUGAGUCCUUGAUGUUUAACAGUUUUAUAUUCUUUUGUUUGGUUAUUUGAGGAUGAGAUGUGUAAGCUAGCUCAGGUGACAAAUGAGUCGUAAAUUGAAAAAAAUAACCGAAAUAUUAUUGAAGUACUUGUCAAGAGAUUAGUUUUCUGGCAAUAUAUUCUUAAAGUUUUCCAGUUUGAGGUGGAAAUAUAAUUGAUCUAGAUAUUUACACUAAGUUUCAACUUUUUAACAAUAUUGUAUCUAACUUACGUUACUGUAAGAUCUCCAUGGAAAUUUUGAAUACAUGGACUUUUGAAUUCUAUAAUAAACUUUUGGGUGCAAUUUUUUUAACUCAUAAA